AUGAAAAGACAUUGAAGGGUGACACCCAACAAAAUGCUUCCCCACACCAUCUUCUGCCCACAAGACAGCCGAGAACGAGGCCUUCCCUGUUCCUCUACCACCGAACACAACCCUCCCAUCACUUUUCGCUAACAUACGCGUCCCCUCUUACCCUACGCCCCAUCCCUUAACCUACGCACCCCCUUUUCCCCUAUCUAUCUAUACCUUCCCCGACCCCAAUUCCAUUAAGACCUAGGGUUCCCCUCCCAGCCUCUUCCCCCAAAUUCCGAGUCCUCCAGGGUCUUUGGGUUUAGGGUUAGGGUUUUUGAGAGAUGUGGGAUGCUUCAGGCAUUGAUGAAUCUGCUCUCUCUGUGCUGGAGGCCAUUUGGGCGAGGCAACGGUGAGGGACUCGACUCUGUCGGAAUUGUCGGUGCAAAUUUCCGGGGCGGUGGACGAGAUGGCAAAGAUAGCUUGCUUUGGUUCCGAGAUUUCGGAAAGUACGCGUGGGGCGAUUUCUCCAUGGCUGUGGUUCAAGCCAACCAGGUGCUCGAGGACCAGAGUCAGAUCGAGUCUGGACCCUUUGGGACCUUCGUCGGCGUUUAUGAUGGCCAUGGUGGCCCCGAGGCUGCUCGAUACGUUUGCGAUAAUUUAUUCAGACAUUUCCAAGCAAUAUCAGCAGAGUCAGAUGGGGUUGUGACAGCAGAGACCAUUAGAAAUGCUUUUCUCCGAACAGAGGAAGGGUUUACUGCUCUUGUUUCGGAGUUGUGGAGUACUAGACCCAAUGUAGCAACUGUUGGGUCAUGUUGUCUGGUUGGAGUGAUAUGUCAGCGGACCUUAUUUGUGGCAAACCUUGGAGAUUCCCGUGUUGUGUUGGGGAAGAAAGUGGGAAACACUGGGGAAGUUGCUGCGAUUCAGUUAUCCACUGAACACAAUGCAAAUCUUGAGGAGGUUAGGCACGAACUGAAAGAUUUGCACCCACAUGAUCCUCAAAUUGUUGUUUUAAAGCAUGGAGUUUGGAGAGUAAAAGGGAUUAUCCAGGUGUCGAAAUCAAUUGGUGACGUAUAUAUGAAACAUGCACAGUUUAACAGGGAGCCAAUUAAUGCAAAAUUCAGACUUCCUGAACCAAUGCACAUGCCUAUCUUGUCUGCCAAUCCGACUAUUCUUUCUCAUCCUCUCCAUCCAAAUGAUUCUUUCCUUAUAUUUGCAUCUGAUGGUCUAUGGGAACACUUGACUAAUGAAAAAGCUGUUGAGAUUGUCCACAAGCAUCCACAUGCUGGAAGUGCCAAAAGGCUUGUAAAGACGGCUCUCCAAGAAGCCGCAAGAAAAAGAGAAAUGAGAUAUUCAGAUCUUCGGAAAAUUGACAAGAAAGUCCGACGCCAUUUUCAUGAUGAUAUAACUGUCAUUGUUUUAUUCUUAAACCAUGACUUAAUAUCCAGCGGCACAGUGGAAGAACCUCCAGUCUCAAUAAGAAGUGCUGUUGACCACUGAUACUUUUCUGGAACCAAACGUCUCCACCACCUCCGAUUUUGGUCCAUGCUUCAAAGAUCGUACCACUCGGAAAGAAUUUUUAUUAUGCAUGGCUAAGAGAGGAGCACUGACAAACCACCCGGAUCCUGUGAUCAUGCUCGAGUGAAGAGGCUUGAAAGUUUUAAAUGUUAGAAGAUUAUUUUAAUAAUGCCUGUUGUAGUUGGUUGCCUCCCAAAUACAGAAUGUGAGAGCCGCAAUGUUCUAUUUAUUUUUGUCAUUUUUAAAACCACCAAGUGCAGAUGCCCCUUGUUUAAUUUA